UUUCAGGCGACGCUGCCAGGGUGACGUUAAUCUAGUGGACGGUUCUUCAGAAACAGCUCGUCAAUCACCUCGGUAGCUUGCUAGCCAACAUAGCCGAAAGAUUCAAGCUAUUUAUAUGCUUUCGAUGUAUAUUAGAUACUGUGUUUUAGACACACGUCUGUCGUAUCUACUUGUUAAACUAUUUAAUUUAAUAUUACGUUAUUUUGUAUUAUUCAGCUAAAGUAGCUGGCUGGUUAAGUUAGCACUAGCCUAGUUGCUAAUGAUAGCUAGCUAGUUAACAUCCCCGACCAUGAGCUCCCUAAACUCCUCUCCUGUUAAAGAAGAGGUCUGCUGGACGGAGAAAGAAACUCUGGGGCUGAACGUUGUCGUGAAAGAGGAGAAGGAAGAGGAGGAUGUUACAGUUAAACAAGAAGUAGAAGGUGGGGCUGUUAAAGUGAAAGAAGAAGAGGAAGACGUUUCAGUGAAAGAAGAGGAAGACGAGUUCAGAGUGAAAGAGGAGGAGGAAGAGAAAGAUGAUGAUGCAGUUUUUGGAGUGAAGAACCAAGGGGAGAUUACUGUCACAUUGGAAGAUGAAGAGUUGGAGAGGGGAGAUCUGAUUAACACCAGGGAGAAACCAGACUCUCACUCUGACAGCGGGAAGAGUCCUUCAGGGGAACCAGACCCAGAGACGCCCAAACCAGUGAGACAACACCACUGCUCCCACUGUGAAAAGAGUUUUUGCUGGUUAGGAAACCUAAAAAAGCAUGCGAGACUACACACAGGAGAAAAGCCUUACCAAUGCUCCCACUGUGGAAAGAGUUUUGCCGUGUUAGCUAACCUGAAAAGGCAUGAGAAAAUACACACAGGAGAAAAGCCUUAUCACUGUUCCAGCUGUGGAAUGAGUUUUACUCAGUUAUCGGACCUUCAAGCUCAUGAGAGGAUACACACAGGAGAAAAGCCUUUCCAAUGUUCCCAGUGUGGAAAGAGUUUUACUCAGAUAGGGCACCUGAAAGCUCAUGAGAGGAUACACACAGGAGAAAAGCCUUUCCAAUGUUCCCAGUGUGGAAAGAGUUUUACUCAGAUAGGGCACCUGAAAGCUCAUGAGAGGAUACACACAGGAGAAAAGCCUUACCAAUGUUCCCAGUGUGAAAAGAGUUUUACCAUGUUAACUAACCUGAAAAGGCAUAAGAGAAUACAUAGAGGAGAAAAGCAUUUUCUGCUCCCAGUGUAAAAAUAGAUUUUCAUGAAUGGCAGAACUUAAAGCUCAUGAGAGGAUACAGAAGAGAAAACCCUUUCCAAUGCUCCCAGUCUGGAAAGAGUUUUACCUGGUCAAGUAGCCUUGAAGGAGCAUAAGAGGACACACAAUAAAAGUCCAACCACUGCUCGCUCUGAGUGGAAGGACAUUCAGAGAACCUGAAAUCAAAUGAGAGAAUAGAAAGGCUGUAUUCUGACUUGUAUUUUUGACUGAGAAUGUGUUUUUGUUUAGGCCACAUGACAUCAUAUUGUGUAUGAUUACACCUGUCUAUAAGGUCCCACAGUUGACAAUGCAUGUCAGAUCAAACGCCAAGCAAUGAGGUCAAAUAAAUUGUCCUUAGA